GAGAAAUUACCUGAGAGUUGCCAGCCUGGGUUGGCAAGUCGCCACACAGUUCGUUGGCGCAAGUUGUUGGACUGCCACGUGUCAAGCAGAAGCAGAUUGUGGGUGUCGUGCGCUUAAUCUAGACCACGCGAUCAAAAGAGGACAGGCUGUUCAAAAUUAAAACCAGUGAUUUGUGCAGCUUAUCAUCGAAGUGAAGGUGAGCUCGUUGGCCACAGAUCUCAUUUCUCAUUUCUCUCUGCAAAACGCAAUCGACGACGAAAUCGCAAGCAACAAUGGCAACCAAGAACGGAAAAGUGGAGACCGAGAAAGCCAAGAUGCUGCGUGGUGAGCUCUACUUCUCCAUGGACCCGGAUCUUUUCAAGGAGCGACAGGAGACCCGCAAGCUGGUCAAGAAGUACAACGAGUUCGAAGGCGCCGAGACCCCGGAAGCCCAGGAGAUCCUCACCAAGAUGCUUGGCUCCAAGGGUCAAGAAUGCUUUAUCGAGAUGCCCUUCCGCUGCGACUACGGCUCCAACAUCCGAUUGGGAGAUAACGUGUACAUGAACUUCAACUGCGUCCUGCUCGAUGUGUGUGAGAUCACGAUCGGCAACCGAGUCAUGUUCGCUCCCAACGUGCAGCUCUACACCGCCACUCACCCGCUGGGACCGAAGGCACGAUCUUCAGGGUACGAACUAGGUAAGCCGAUCGUUAUUGAAGACGACGUUUGGAUCGGUGGCAACGUGGUGGUUGUGCCUGGAGUUACGAUCGGCCGUGGAGCUGUGAUUGGAGCUGGCAGUGUCGUGACCAAGAAUGUGCCUCCUAUGUGCGUGUAUGCUGGCAACCCGGCCAAGUUUAUCAAGAAGAUUGAGGAGGAGUAGAGGAAGCGUACGAGGAAGAAACUUUGCUACGAGGUAAUCUACGUGUACGGGUUGGUGCUCUUCUUUUCAGUUCGCUGAGAGCAACGUAGUGAGGAGCAAUUGCAGCUUUUCCGCACCACUCCAUUGGAUUUUUGCAUCAAUUAUGUGUGUUGCACUGCAUCCACAAAAUUAUUGGCAAA